CGAGCUCCUUCGAGGCCCGAACAAGGCGUAAUCCCCCUCAGGCUCACCAAACUUGGACACGCAUCUGGAACACGGUCCGACGAGUAACUUUCAUAACAUGGCCUAGGGUCGUUCGCCCUCUGCCUCCCCUCUUGGCCUGAUUAACUUGACUUGAUUUCCGUCUUCUUCCCAAGGCCUUCCCCCUUUCCUCCCCCGAGGCAGAUCUUCAGGUUUGUGUGGAAAAGGAUUCCUGCGUGCAAGCUUUCCCUGCGAGCAAGCCCCCAUCCUCUCCAACAAUGGCCUCCGAGAAGAUGCGCUCUCGCUUCCGCGAGUCGAUUACGUCUAUGCCUGCCACGCCUUCUGCCGAUGCGCAGACUCUGAAGAAGCUUGAGGGUGAUUUUCCUUCAGUCCUUUCUCCUCAGUCCCCCGAGCGGCCUCUGAGAGGAUACCCUCCAUCACGGUCUGGUCACAGCUCCUUUUCAGGGACGCCUGUGAUGAAUCCUCCCGAUGCAAAGGAGCCGGCACUGGUUGCCAAAUACCUCGCCCGUCGAGCAACCCUGCUCGGCUGGUUUGAGGAACCUGCCGCGGCCGCCAUUACCAGUGGCUGGUCUUCUACCUGCGUUGCGCUGAAGAAGCCUGACGGCACUUAUGCCUAUGCACCAGAUGACCCAAGCCCUGACCUGGUGGCUGCUGUCGCCCGCCUGGAAGAGAAUGCCGUCGUGUCCAUGGCCUCGGAGGUGACCAACACCGUCCUUGACACCAUCACGCCUGACCAGGCGAGCCUGCUCGUGGAAAGUACCGGCGCCCGCAUUCCCAUUGUUCCCAGCUUGGCCGACGUCCGUCAGUCGCUUGUGCACUCGACCAGCUCAUGCAUCGUCGUCCAGGAGCGCUGCGUGCUCAUCUGGUCCAACGUACCAAACACGGUUAUCAAUGUAGCACACAACGUUGAGAAGCAGCUACUCGGCUUUAUUGUUGGCCCUUCAAUGCCCCGCGGAUUGCUUGCUCAAACCGAGGAGCAGUCAAUUGACGGCCUUCCUACGCCUGUCCGUGGUGCUAUUGACGAGAAGAAUUCGGUCUACCAACUCGCCAUCAAGGUCGAGGAGGGCGAGGACGCAGAUGAGGACCUCGAGGGUAAUCCGCCUGUGCGGCCUGCCCUGAGGGUGCACUCGUUCCGAAUUGGUAUCGUCAUGAUCUUGGUCAUUCUCACGCAGAGCAUGGGUGUUUCCAAACUUCUGCAUGAAUUCACUUGGGACGGCGAUUACAAGCGAUUCAUCUUGGUUGUCGUUAUCCCACCUCUCUGCCUCCUGUCACUGUUCUUCUUCAUUGUCGUUGUCAGCAGUGUCUUUCAGCUGCUUCUCCCGGCCGGCAUGUGUUUGAGAAACUCGAGAUACCAUUCUGCUGUCAAGCCCAAUCGCAAGCGCUACGUCAACUAUGAGCUGCCGCACAUCACCGUGCAGAUGCCCGUAUACAAGGAGGGUCUUCGCGGUGUCGUUGUCCCAACUAUGGUCUCUGUCAUGGCUGCUAUCCAGUACUACGAGAACCAGGGUGGCACUGCAUCUGUCUUCAUCAAUGACGACGGCAUGCAGUGCAUCCAGCCUGAGCUGGCCGCAGCCCGUAAGCAAUACUACCGCGAGAAUGGCAUUGGAUAUUGCGCACGCAUGCCCACCAUGAAGACCGCAAAGGGUGGCGGCUUCCUCUCGUGGUUCAAGCGAUCUCCCCCCGUUGACCCCGAGGUGGACAACCAGGAUGAGAGCGAGCUCAGCCCGCAAGGUCGCGCCAACAAGCUUGGCUUCGUGCGCAAGGGCAAGUUCAAGAAAGCCAGCAACAUGAACUAUUGCCUUGCCUUCUCCAACCGCGUCGAGGACGAGCUGCACCGCUUGACGGAGCUCGAGUGCACCAACCGCAACUGCACCUAUGAGGAACUAUCUGCCGAGGACGACGAUGCACUCUAUGAAGUGGCCCUGCAGAACAUGCUCGACGCUGACGAGGGCAAGACUUGGGCUGAGGGCAACAUCCGCAUGGGCGAGAUCAUCCUCAUUAUCGACUGCGACACCCGCGUCCCCAUUGAUUGUCUUCUCUAUGGCGCUCUCGAGAUGCAUGAAAGCCCCGAGGUCGCCAUUCUGCAGCACGGCUCAGGUGUCAUGCAAGUUGCCCACAACAUCUUCGAGAACGGCAUCACCUACUUCACAAACAUUGUCUACACGGCCAUCAAGUACGGUGUUGGCACCGGUGAUGUCGCUCCCUUCGUCGGCCACAACGCCUUCUUGCGCUGGAAAGCCAUCCAGAGCGUUGCCUUUGUCGAUCCCUCCGACGGCAUCACCAAAUGGUGGUCUGACUCGCAUGUGUCCGAAGACUUCGACAUUAGUCUGCGCAUCCAGGUAGCCGGCAUGGAUUGUCGUCUGGCUACCUACCAUAACGGCGGCUUCGAAGAGGGUGUCUCGCUGACUGUCUACGACGAGCUGAACCGUUGGGAAAAGUACGCCUACGGGUGCAACGAGCUUGUCUUCCAUCCCUUCUACCAAUGGCCCUACAAGGGCCCCGUCACGAGGCUGUUCCUCCGCUUCCUCUGGAGCAGCAUGCCAGUUUCCAGCAAGGUUUCCAUCAUUGCUUAUAUCUUUACCUAUUACGCCAUCGCUGCCGGUAUGCUGCUUACCGUCGUCAACUAUGUGCUUGUUGGCUUGUUCUUCAUGGAGCUCGACCACUUCUAUACUCCUUCAUGGGGUAUCUGGGUGUCUCUCCUGGUCGUCUUCAAUGGUGUCGCCUCCAUAUCCUUCAGUAUGACGCGUCACCGGCUCAAGGAGAGGUCGUUCUGGGUCACCAUCCUCGAGACCGUCAAGUGGUUACCGUUCCUGCUCCUAUUCUUUGGUGGCAUUAGCAUCAACUGUGCCAAGGCACUAUUGUGUCACGCCUUCUCCGUCAACAUUGAGUGGGCUUCCACCUCCAAGGAGCUUGGCCCCACGGGUAUCUAUAUUGGUCUGAACAAGAUGAUGCACCGGUUCAAGUACACAUUCUUGAUCUGCUUCGUUAUCGCUGGAGGCAUGAUCUACAUGGCCGUCGGCGCGCCGUGGGGCUGGACCAUUGCCCCUGGUCAGUUCUCGACCGGUACCUACGCCAUCGUUCCGCUCGCUGUGCAGGUGGCCUGUUCGUUCACUCUCCCUCUGUUCCUCGGCCUGACUUGAGCGGGUGCCCUCAGGAAAAGUUAACGACUUAAUAACCUCUGUGCUCUAUAUGAGCGAAGAGGAAACAUGGAUGUCGCCGUCCCUAAUUCAUUCCUUAAUGUUCCGCUAGAUUCACUUCUCUGCGGAUGGCUUGACAGAUAUACUACGCUAUUGGAUCGGCGUUUAGAGUUAUUGCGUUAUUGAGUAGGACUUUUCAUGUGGAAACAUAAGAUUGGAUGGAAGUUUACGGUAAAUAGUGGGUAUUUAUAUAGACAUGGGUAUAUUUAAUAAGAAGCAUGGGGGUAAUAGACUUUGUGGUCCCAAUAGUCAAUCCGGAUCCUGCCCAUUUGGGG